AUGGAGCGCUCACUCGUGGACAUCGUGCAUAGCCAUGACCUGGCCUCUCUCCACGAUGAAGAUCUUGUCCGCCUACUCUACGCCCAAUUCGGCCCUGAAAUCGAUCACUUAAAACGGGUCCCCCACGCCGUCGAGGGUGACGAAUCUCCCUCAAAAGGCAAUCUCACCAACCACACACUGAGCCCGUCGCGACUACUAUUCGACGAGGACUUUGACGAAGUCAAUCGAUCAAUCACCAACGUCCGCGCUCUAAAAUGGGUCCUUGCAAACGACUACGACGCCUUCGUCGCCCAUCAACCUCCGUCCCCUAUCAGGCUAUCCCACGAGACCUUCCAAGCCCUCAAGCGCCAAGCAGACAGUUUCCUGGAGGACACAGACCAGCUCCUCGCUCUAAUCGUUGCUCUCGUCAUCGGCGACAUGGGAAAAGACCCGCGCCUAUCUGACGAGAUCGCCGCGCGCAAGGGCCAAGACGCAUCCGUAAACUACGAAAAGGAGAACGCGAAUGAAAACCACGACGAGCUCCUCGCCGACGCAGUCGCAUGCGGCAUCCUGGACGGCCCACUAAGCCAGCUAUCCGACGCUCGCCGCGCAGACGUGGUCCUCGGCGUGAACGUCGGAGCCACGCUAAACAUCCCGCAGCUGACGCAGGGCGAAAACGUGCCGGCGAGCUUGCAGCCCAUAUUGAAAUUCCGCGGCCACCCCGAGGCAUUUAAUCUGAAGUUUUUGGAGAUUAUCUUCGACGUGGCGGGGGCCGGGGGCCAUCUUGAUAGCUGUGGCGCGAAGCGCAUGAUCGAGCCUGUUUGUCAAUCGUUUCUGCAGGCCGGGCCGAUUUUGAAAAGCAUUAUUACUGAUAACGUCUCGCUGCAUGAGGCGUAUGAUCAUGUUUUGCGGAAUCGUGGGCAGCUGGUUGUUGAGCAGGGCUUUCCGGUGUUGUCGACGGGUGUUCCGGCGGAGAGGGCCCUGCUUCGUCUUUUUGCGAUGGGCCGUGUGGCCGAGCGGUCGGUGGCUGAGAACUUCCAGGAGGCGUUCUGUGGCUUGUCGGAGUCGACUCGUGAGGCGCUUGUUCAGGGAUUGAAUGUUGAUGGGGUGGAUGAUGGGCAGGCUGUGCUGUUGUAUUAUAUUCCUGCGUUGUUCGCGGAGACGGGUCGGGCUAUGCGCGAUGCUUCGACUGAAGAGCAUAUUGUUGCGUUGCGGUGUGUCAUGGAUUUUAUGGCGAGGACGUAUGGGGGUUCGAUAUCUUGUCCUGGUCAGGAGGGCUCGAUUGUUGAGCGUAAUGUUUCGCCGGUUGUUGAGUUCGUGCGCGAUCCGGCUUUUCGCAAUGACCCGCAUAUCCUGGACGAGUAUACCCUGCCUGAAGAGUCAUAA